AUGGCGCUGAAGUCCUUGGGUAGCCUUCUUCAACUGGCAGGGUCUCUGCUCCAGGGUACUUACAAAUUGCUCGUUUUUCACCACGCCGUCGAGAUCGGGUUCCCACGUAUCUCGCAACUUUCUCUAGGUACGACGCUGACGCGCUCUCAUCCGUUUCAAGGAAAAUUCUACUCACGCUUCCACGCCAUACCCGGGAAAGCCCGGUCUAUGGACAUCAAGCAAGUCCAUUGCCGGUAUCAAGCCUUCCAACCAAUCAUUUUGAAGCCAUACGCCGAUAUCAACAACCCGGAGGAGCGACUCAGAUCUGAAAUGUUCUUCUGUUCUCUUUCAUUCGUCAACGCGUUCCCUUCCACUACUCUCGACACGAAAACCUCUAUUCCUCUAUUCCUUACUAUCCAUGCUGGAUCCGAAGACAUUGACAUCUCGCACGUGUGGGAGAUCGACGAUUGA